CACCGCCCGCCGGAAAAGUCUCGCGAGUGUCCCGAAAAAUCGAGUUAACCCCCCAAAAAAUCUAUCAAAUAAAAUCCUAACAAAAUGAGCAAGUUCGCUUGGGUGACGCUGACGACAAAUGACACGUACUCACUGGGUGCCUUGGUCUUGGCCCACUCACUGAAAAGGGCCAAGACCGCCCACCAGCUGGCCGUUCUGGUCACGCCCAAUGUCUCGCAGGCGAUGCGCGACCGACUGAAGGAGGUCUACAACGUGGUGCAGGAGGUCAAUGUGCUCGACUCACAGGAUGCCGCCAAUCUGGCGCUCCUCUCCCGCCCCGAACUGGGCGUGACCUUCACAAAGCUCCACUGCUGGCGCCUCGUUCAGUUCGAGAAGUGCGUCUUCCUGGAUGCGGACACACUGGUCUUGCAAAACUGCGACGAGCUGUUCGAGCGCGAGGAACUGUCGGCUGCUCCGGAUGUCAGCUGGCCGGAUUGCUUCAACUCCGGCGUGUUUGUGUUCAAACCUAGCGUGGACACCUUUGCCCAGAUCACAGAGUUCGCCGUGAAGAAUGGCAGUUUCGAUGGCGGUGACCAGGGUCUGCUGAACCAGUUCUUCGCCGACUGGUCGACGGCGGACAUCAAGAAGCAUUUGCCAUUUGUGUACAAUGUGACGGCCUAUGCCUCGUACUGUUAUCUGCCCGCCUUCAAACAGUUCAGAGAUAAGAUUAAGAUUUUGCAUUUCGCCGGCAAGCUGAAGCCCUGGCUGAUUCAGUUCAAUUCGGAGACAAAGGUGGCCAGCGUUUCGUCGGAGUAUGCCCAUGCCCAGGAUCUGAUUCAGCUGUGGUGGAACAUCUUCUGCGAGAAUGUCAUCCAGUCCCUGUCCACCGAAAUGCAAACGCCAGGAAAUGUGGCUAGUGAUCGACCCGCGGGAGAAUUGGCCCAAGGGUCCACUUCAGAGUGCCUUUGCCUAAAUAUAAUACGCACGCAAAGCGAAUUCGCGGCGGACGAGCUGCAUCAGCGGCAGCAGCAUGAGUUCUACCAGCAGCAGCAGCUGCACCACCACCUGUUGCAUGUGUGCCAGUUCCGCGAUCCUUGGGCAGAUUACUAUGAGAAUCUGGAGAAGGAGCUGCAGGAGCAGGAGCAACAGCGCCACCAGCACCAGCAGCAGCACCACAAUCCCAGCCAGAAUCACAGCCAGGACAAUGGGAAUGCGGAUGCAGCUGCGAAUGGGAACGAUAGCACGAUUGCAAAUGCAAAUGCAAACACAAAUGCCACUGACUGGCAUCAUGACGAUGCAUGCCACCCAACUCCGCCGACGAGUCCUCCGCCCAAAGCCCAAAACCAAGUCCACAAUGCCAAUGCCACUGCCAAUGCCGAAGACUUUUCAUCCGUAGAUGUGAAUAGCAAUGAGCUAAACAUUUCACAGCCACCUGAACACGCCUCCUACUCCUCCGACACAGCCACGCCCACUGCCACGCCCUCGCUAACGCCCACGCCCACGCCUCAUCAUUCCGUGCAUAGUCAGACAGUAGAAAAAGCGACAAGCCACCAACAAGAACAUGAAGUUGCAGCCACAACGCCGCCUGAGGCGGGUCUGGCUGGUGCUCUGUCACAGCUCCGCAUCGGCCAGCAGCGCACUCCCGAACAGGAGGCCUACGAGAACCAGAUGCGCCGCCAGUGCUGGGAGUCUGGACAGAUCGACUACUCCGGCGCCGAUUCGUUCGAGAACAUCUGGAAGAAAAUAUCGCAGACGCUGGAGAGGAAGACCGAGAAGGAGUCGGAAGAAACUGGUAGCUCAUAGAUACAAAACCGAAACUAAACAGAACAAACAAAUGCAAAUCGUUCGUUAUUCGUCGUUUUGUUGCCAUUUUUUCUUGUACACGCGCACACACGUACACACCCACCCCCCUUCUCCACCC